UUGGAUUUUAUAUAUAUAUAUAUAUAUAAUUUCUGCUUUUUAUAUUUUUCUGUACGUCUAUACAAGGAGAAAAAAGGGUAAGGAUAGACGUCAGACUGACGUGGUUUGGCAUAGUUGUUGUAUGAAGAUGGUACGUAAAGUGAUUAGUCGACCCUGUUUUUAAAUGUUAUUGGAUCAUCCAAGAGAUGUUCACAACCAGAGCUUCACAUGGACAUGGAGAAGGGGUCGGUUUUAACUCUGCUUCGAUGGUUUACUGAAACUCAAACCGUUCCCUGAGUCCGGUCCUGGAGGCGAGGCGAGGCUGCUGAUUUAGUUAAAGGAAGAACGCUAGGUUUUCACAGCGCCCCAGGGCUGUUGAAGAGUCGCACGCGGUAUUACAGGCAUAGCCAUCGGGGCGCGCGUUCUCAUCUCUGUACCAAACGGCUCUCCACAGCUGGCUGCGGCAAAAGAAAAACCAAAAAAGCCGGCGACGGUUUGAAUUCUCGAAGCAGCUUUCAGGGCGUAGUUGGUCCCAGUAAAGUUCUUUUCCCAAGAUGUCGGAUUUGAUGCUGAAUCUGGAUUUGUCGGCCGGAGGCAGCUGUCGGGGGCGCGCGAAGGAUCCGAGCUCCAACGGGCAAGCACCAGCGCUUCUUAAAAAAACGGAAAUCCUGGAGAACAAGGGCUACCUGCGACAGAAACAGCUGCCUGGGAGAGGGCAAGGGCAUUCGAAAAACCGCCAGCCUUGGCACAGCGGAGGCCCCCAGAGCCAGGGCAACUCAACCGGUCGCCCCCAACCUCCUUUCGAGGGAACUGGGCCCAGAUGCACUCAGGGGGGUCAGCGUCAGCCCCCCGUGGGCGCCGCCCCUUCCCAAACAAGACUGGGGGGGCCCCAGUCCACUGCCCUGCCCUCGAACGCAGACCUUCUCGGGGAGUUUGAGAACGGCUUGUCCACUCUUUCAUCUUCCUCCUCCUCUGCUGUCGCUGGGAAACCUUACAAGUACCUGGCGAUGGACUGCGAGAUGGUCGGCACGGGCCCCAGGGGGACGCGCAGCGAGCUGGCCCGCUGCAGCAUCGUGGGUUACCACGGAGACGUGGUCUACGACAAGUACAUCCUGCCCACCAAUCCCGUGACGGAUUAUCGGAGCCGCUGGAGUGGAAUCCGAAAGCAGGACCUGAGGAACGCCACGGGGUUCAAAGAGGCGCAGAAAGAGAUACUGAAGAUCCUGUCUGGGAAGGUGGUGAUCGGACACGCCAUUCACAAUGAUUUCAAAGCGCUCGGUUACUUUCACCCCCCAGCCCUGACCCGGGACACCUCCCGAAUCCCGCUGCUCAACAAGAAGGCGGGGAUCCCCGUGAAAGAGGCCGCCUCCCUCAAACGACUCACCAAGAUGCUGUUCAGCAAAGACAUUCAGGUGGGCAAGAACGGCCACUCUUCAGUUGAGGAUGCCAAAGCCACGAUGGAGCUCUACAAAAUAGUGGAGCCGCAGUGGGAGAGGACCCUGGCUUCAGCGUCCGAGAAACAGACCCCCAGCCCCCAGCAGAGGAACGGUCUGACUGGACCCCCCCUUCCCAUCCCUCCCACCGCUCCCUGAACAUUAUGAAAUGUGAUUCUUUUAAAAACCAUCUACCCAGAGUCACACACACACACACACACACACACACACACACACACACCUGAUUCCCAGUUUGAGUGUGUGUAGAAAUCUGUAGUGGUGUUUUUUUAUCGAGAACAGAUCUGGAAUGCAUUGGAUCAGUAUACCGCAGCGAUGGAAAUAAGACUCCCCAUUCCACUGCUGUUUGAUCCGUUCCAGGUUUUACUGCGAGUUUAAUCAGACACACACCUGAGCUUGUUUCCUGCUGUGGCUAAUCAAGCUCGUAUUAAAUAAAACCUGGAAUGGGUCUGCGAUAGGAGUCUUAUUUCCAUUGCUAACUGACUGGAUUAUUUGGUCUGUUAACCACGGCCAUGUAAAACGUUUGCCAUUCAUCAUAUUUGAUUAUGUGAUGUCAAAUAAAAUAUCUAAAUUAUAUUCA